UGAUUUUUCUUUUGAACUUGUGUGGCACAUUAAACACGUUUGUAUUUGCCAUGUGAUUUGUUCCAGUUUGUUCAAGGGCUGAAAAAUUAGCAAAUAAAUUGCUAAUAAAGUUAUAAUGGGAACCCUAGAAGACAUAAAUGAGACUAUUAAACAUCAACAAGACACUAUCCAACAACUAGAGAACUUGCUUUCUCAGAAAGAUGAAGAAAUUCAACAGUUACGUAGUCAAUUGGACAAAUAUCAGUCUGUGCUUAUGCCACCAUCUUAUAAUAGCUACAUUUACCGUGGAAGACGUAAAGAACGAGCCCAAGGAAUAUCUGCAGAACCACAGUCUUUACAAACUAUUCAAGAUCUUAUAUCAACCAAGUUUCCAGAGUAUUCCAAGUCAGAACAAUCAAAAGAAUUAAUCAAGAAUGCUAUCUUGGAUAAUGAUUUCAUGAAAAAUCUUGAAAUAGUGCAGAUAGGAGAGAUCACAGACUGCAUGUAUCCAGUUGAAUAUGCUAAAGAUAGUUUGAUUAUUAAAGAAGGAGAAGUUGGAUCUGUUGUAUUUGUCAUGGAAGAGGGGAAAGUAGAAGUAUCAAAGGAUAGAAAAUUUCUCUGUACACUAGGACCAGGGAAAGUUUUUGGUGAAUUGGCUAUACUUUACAACUGCACUCGUACUGCAACGGUUAAAGCCAUAAUGGACUGUAAACUGUGGGCCAUUGAACGACAAUGUUUCCAAACAAUAAUGAUGAGAACAGGACUGGUGCGACAAGCAGAGUACACUGAUUUCUUAAAGAGUGUGCCAACAUUCAGAAAACUCAAUGAAGAGACAUUAAUAAAGAUAGCUGAUGUACUAGAGGAGACAUCUUAUAACAAAGGUGACUAUAUCAUCCGACAAGGUGCUAGAGGGGAUACUUUUUUUAUCAUUAGCAAGGGCAAGGUGAAAGUAACUAUGAAGGUUUCAGAAUUAGAUGAAGAAAGAUUUAUCCGGUGCUUGGAGUAUGGAGAUUUUUUUGGUGAAAAGGCUCUUCAAGGAGAAGAUGUGCGUACGGCUAACAUUAUUGCUGAUGAUCCUGAGGGAGUGACUUGUUUAGUUAUAGACAGGGAGUCUUUUAAUCAGCUUAUCAGCAAUAUUGAUGAGAUAAAGAAGAAGCGAUAUGAUGAAGAAGAAGCUAUGGCACGUAGAAUGAUUAACCAAGAGUUUGCAGAUCUCAAAUUGACUGACCUUAGAUUGGUAGCGACAUUAGGAAUUGGAGGCUUUGGACGAGUUGAGCUGGUCCAAAUAUCCCACAAUCCUUCUAGGUCUUUUGCCUUGAAAGUGAUGAAGAAAGCUCAGAUAGUAGAAACACGACAACAGCAACAUAUUUUGUCAGAGAAGAUCAUCAUGGAAGAGGCUAAUUGUGACUUCAUAGUAAAAUUAUACAAAACUUUCAAGGAUUCUAAAUAUCUCUACAUGUUGAUGGAAUCAUGCUUAGGUGGUGAACUCUGGACAAUUUUAAGAGAUAGAGGAAUUUUUGAUGACGUGACUACCAGGUUUUAUACAGCUUGUGUGGUUGAAGCUUUUGACUACCUCCACUCUCGUCUCAUUAUCUACAGAGAUCUUAAGCCAGAGAACAUGUUACUUGAUAUUAAGGGUUAUGUUAAACUGGUGGACUUUGGCUUUGCUAAAAAAUUAACAACAGGAAGGAAGACUUGGACUUUUUGUGGCACUCCAGAAUAUGUUGCUCCAGAAGUAAUACUGAACCGUGGUCAUGACAUUUCAGCUGACUAUUGGUCUCUUGGGGUUCUCAUGUUUGAGUUGCUAACAGGGACACCACCCUUCACUGGACCAGAUCCUAUGAGAACUUACAAUAUUAUUCUAAAAGGAAUUGAUGCUGUGGAGUUCCCUCGCCUUAUUUCACGAAAUGCCAUGGCUUUGAUUAAGAAGCUUUGCAGGGAUAAUCCGGCUGAACGGCUGGGCUAUCAGAGUGGUGGAAUUAAAGAUAUCCAAAAACACAAAUGGUUUGAUGGCUUCAACUGGGAAGGACUCCGAGAUCAUUCACUUCAACCCCCUAUUCUACCUCAGAUACGAAAUGCAUCAGACACCAGUAACUUUGAUCAGUAUCCUCCAAAUAAUGAAGCUCUACCACCAGAUGACAACUCAGGCUGGGAUUCAGAAUUUUGAAAAGUAAAAAAUGAUAUUUGGAAUUAACUUGAUGGAGUCAGUAAAAACAUAUAUGUAGAAAGUUUAUACAGAAGUCUAAAUUCUGGUGAAACUAAAAGAAUCUAUUUUUACAUGUAAUAAUUGGUGAUAGCAUAACUGCAACACUAACUAAUAAAAGGAAGGAAACAGGAAAAUUUUAGAUAGUUUGAUAGAGUCAGGAUAUAUGUAUAUAUAAUUUAGAAGAGUUUUGAGAAGAGUUAAUGGAAACAGCUUUGAAACAGUUGAAGGAUUAAUCCAGAUAUAAUAAUAUUUUUUUCAAUUUCACUGUUAUAAUUCCUCAUUAACUUUGACAAAAAGGAAGAGGGGGAGAAAAUGCUUCUUAUACUUUUUCUGGAAAAAUAUUCAGUUUCUGAAACAUUUUGAAACUUUGCAAAAACAAUAAUUAAACUCAUGAUUUAAACAUUUUAUAAUUUAACUGAGUUAGCAAAUUUUUGGAAGGCACCAGUGAUUGUGUUACUGGAAAUAUGCUUCAUAUCUAAAGGUUUGUGUAAAUUUAUAGACAAUUUAUUGAACAAAUUAUGUUUUUACAUAUGAUAAGUGUUUAAAUAGAUAUAAUCUCUGUGAAAUCAUUUAGCAGUUUUAAAGAAUGUAAGUGUUACAUUUAAAAUCAUAUACCCAUAAUAAGUUGAUAAAUAUUAAAUAAUUAUUUUCAAGUAUUUUUGUUACUGUUGCUAAGAUAGAAUCUAGACUUGUUAUGGUGGUUACAAUUUAGUUCACCAGAUGUUGAAUGGUGUACACUUGGCCCUCAAAUAUAAAUAUUUAAUUAGAUAUCUUUUGUAAAUUGUUCAUGAUAUUUUAAGUAAAAAAUAAUUCCACUCAACCUCAGUGGCUGUAUUUCAGGAUGUUUUCUGGGGAAUUCAGGUAUACAAAUGCUCAGCUGUUUGCUCUGAUACUCUAAAAGAAAUGUGAAGCAGGAGUAAAUGGUUACAGCUUUUGGUUAGCAUGAACAAUCAGUUCUAACUUCUUAAUUUGUAAUGUUUUAGGAAACUUUGUACCUUAAAAAUAUGACUAUCUAACAUUUGUCUUGUACCAUUUGGUACAUGAGGAUGGUGGUGUUAGAAAAAUUGACAGCAAUAAGGAAGGGAUGAAACAAUCUCAGUGUCACACAAAAUGAGUGCUGAUAGUUGCAUAAGAGCAGCCAAUAUCUUGAACAUAAGUGAAAAAUAUAUACCUUGACUAUAUUUGUAUUUCAUUCCUAAAUGUUAAUAGUAAUACACAAGAUUUAUGGAAAUCUGUGUAUUAUACCUAGUUAAUGUUUUUUUUAUUUA